AUGAGGCGCAGCGCCCGCCUCCGCGACCUUCCUAUUGGUGUAGUGACGUCAGGCCCGGCGAGAGCCCGCUCUCCUAUUGGCGAAGACCCCUGUCAGUCGGGGAGGGACCUCCGGCGAGCAGGAUGUAAUGUUUGUUCUGCAUCAAACUGUAUCCUGAAUACCCCAACCCUGGGGCUAACGAUGUCUGAUGGAAUAGUGGGAAGUGAGCCUCAAUCUGUGUUCAAGCACCACUACCUGCCCUCCAUCCCCAGUCUGUCGCAUAUUGAAAAAUCAGGGCGGGCUGCAGAGACAGACAGGGAGAGAGAGAAGCCAGAGGCAGGGGAACGCGGAGAGAAGCGGCAGGGAAUAUUCCGUAGCUGUAGGAUCGCAGCUCCCGGGGUGAUUUGGAAGCUCCAUCCGAGCCUGAGUACGGAUGAGCAGCUGGAAUCUCCGAAACUGCCGGCCAGAGAAACACAGCCAGUGAGCCAGGUACGACCAGCGAACUCACCAAGUCCAGCAGGGCUGCCAGCUGAAGCUUGGGAAGCAGGAGCUGUUCAAGAAGAGAACGAGACCGCAGAGGAUUCCAAUGUUGAGAACCUAUACAUUACUGGGAUGGAGCUGUUUGAAGAAGCUUUGCAAAAAUGGGAACUUGCCCUUACCAAGCGACAGAGGAGUAGCUCGGAAACGGAAAGAAAGAAUUGUCUGAUGAACCUGGGAGCGAGUGGUGCAAUUGGGGACAGCUGUGAGGCACCAAGGAACAAGGAGUUUUCACAGAAGCUGGAAGCCCUCUUGAAUCGAGCAUACCGACUGCAGGAAGAGUUUGGGGAGACUGUACCUACUAAUAGCUUGCUUGCCGAUUUUGAGUGCGUUGGGGCUCUGGCCCUUCCCUAUGGAGAGGAUUCUGGACAAUAUUAUCUUGAUGAUGACGUUAGUGUGACGUCAGAGGACUCGUUCUUUUCAGCAGCAGAGCUAUUUGAUUCUUUAUCAUUCGAUGAGAAAAGAUUUCAGUCGUCCAGAUCGUCUGCUUUAUAUGAAGAAGCCAUGAAGGUUGUUGGAGAUGACCGGGUUGCUUGCAGAUCAUACAGAACGGAGCUCCUGGAAUGCUAUAGUGAUGAGGACUUCCUGGCGAAGCUACACUGUGUGCGUCAGGCAUUUGAGGUAUUACUGCAGGAUGCGACAAACCAGCUAUUCUUCAGUGAAAUUGGGAAGCAGAUGAUUACUGGACUGAUGUCCACUGCAGGAAAGAAUGUGAAUCGAUUCUAUGAGACCUACCAAGAAAUGCUGCAGUAUGCAGCUAGGGAAGAGACCUGGGCAACAACGAAGAGAGAGCUGGAGGGACGAGGGGUUGUGUGCAUGAGCUUUUUUGAUAUUGUAUUGGAUUUCAUUCUGAUGGAUGCCUUUGAAGACUUGGAAAACCCUCCUUCAUCUGUGGUUGCUGUUUUACGGAACCGUUGGCUCUCAGAUAGUUUUAAGGAGACGGCCCUUGCCACAGCUUGUUGGUCAGUGUUAAAAGCAAAAAGGCGACUGUUGCAGGUCCCUGAUGGCUUCAUUUCCCAUUUUUACUCCAUUUCGGAGCACGUGAGUCCUGUCCUUGCCUGGGGCUUUCUUGGACCAAAACAACAUCUCUGUGAAGUUUGCACUAUAUUUAAGCAACAAAUACUUCAGUACUUGAAGGACAUGUUCGAUUUGGACAAAGUGCGAUACACUACAGUGAAUUCACUGGCGGACGACAUUGUGCAAUUGUCACGCAGACGCAGUGAGAUUCUCCUUGGCUACCUGGGCGUUGAUGCAAUAACAGAAAUGAAUGGGACAUUACCCACUGACAAUGGACCUUUGGAAGAGGCCAGUCUUGUAUGAAACUUGGACACACAGGUUUUUUUAAAUAAAACAAAAGUGAUUAAUUUUUGGAAGAAACAAAUCAUAACAACUUGGCACUAAGAAUCAGUGACUUGUGUCUGAUUCCUGGAUGAUUUCCCAUCCUCCCCACUCCCAUCUCUGUUUUGAGGAGAUUAUUAAGAGUCUUGAUCCGAAUACUCCCCACACAUUGCAGUUGGCCCUUUCUUUUGAAUAUCAGCGUUUUGAUGUGGCAUUGUUUGGGGACAGGAAGAAUGACACAUUAUUCUUUGGGAAUCUAAUGCAUUGCAGAGAUGUUAGCUGAUGGAGGGCUGCGUCUUUGAUAGCAAAACCUGAGGAUUGCAGGAUUAAAAGUACACUUCCCUCCACUUUGUGUUUAUUUUGGGGGCGUGUGGUGUAGAAUCAGCCUUGUUCUAUCAACUUGAUGCAACAGUGCCCCUCUGUGGUAUAGUUUGUUUACUGCACUGCCUGGUCUGUUGCUGAGCUGUAUAAAUCAGGAAAUGAGUUGAGAGUGAUAGAUGUCCAGGAUUGUAUACUGAAGCACUACAGAUGGCAUUAACACCUCCUGCCUCAAGAGGGAAAAGCCUAUCCAUUGCUUGUGCCUGCUCACUUCUCAUCACCCAGCACAGCACUGUCAAAUUUAUAGAAUGAUGGAGUACACGAGGAACCCAUUUCUUGACCACUCUUGCACAAAAGGCUAAAUGCUUGAAAUUUUGAAGCACUUUUUUUUUUCAAGUGCCCAAGACUAACAUUGAGCCUAAAAAAGCAAGUAACUAAUUUUGUUUACCUUUCUCUUGGGGGGGAAAAAAAAAGCUGAUUUUAAAGUCAUUCUUGUCAGUGAAUGUACUGUUACCCGUGCUACCAUCCACCACCUUCAGUGGGAACACUACAGGACACAGUUUUGGGGGGGGGUGGAAUAUAACUGAAUCAUGGAAAAUGUGACUUUCUCCCUGUACUCUCUGGAAGAUGAGAGUAAUAAUCGUCAGGGUAUUAAGAAAAAGCUGCAAAUAGUGACCCCACUUUCCCAACCAGAAUAGCAGCAAUUGAUUAAAUCCCCUGUCAGUCACACAUGGAGACCACACUGCUACAAAUGAUGAGGAUUGUUGUGACUCUCAACUACUAUUCUGUAGUUACUCACCCCACACUGCAUUUUGCUGGAGAAAUAAUCCUGUUUCUCAUAUUUUUUCAUUCUACCAUUCAUGAGAAGGGGUGACUUGCUCACUUCUGCCCUCUGUUCCCCUAAGUCUAUGUGGGUACACCACAAGCUGGAAUAUACUGCAAUAUCAUAAGCAGAUCACGUGCAACCAAUUUUAUCUCUAGCAUGCACACGGUCUUGCAAUGCAAUAAACAGGCAGCUCAAACAAGGAAAAAUAAGAGUGACCAUUGCUUCCAUCUCUAAGAUCCUCUGACAUGUGGGAUCUUUGUCCCUAAACUGACACACUACCUGAAAGAAUUUGGCAGGGGAGAAAAACUCUUGGAGAAUCUUGUAAUGAAAUUGUUCCUCAUUAGAUCUUGAGUUCCUUUUGGAAUUGUUAAUGUGUAAUAAUUUUAAUUUUGUGAGGGAUGGACUCAGUUGAGCAAAUCUUCUGAAACAUUUCAAUGUGGGUUCAAAGUCUAAAUCAGACUUUUAAGUGAAUUUGUACUGCUUUUUAGAAAGAAAUUACAUUCACAGGAUUUCACACUUCUGUGUUACCUCCAGGAAUGCCUCAUGCUGUGAUGGGAGUAGGUUUUGAUGAAUCGUAUCUCUCACUCGUGUCCCUAAUCUCCCUGUGCCAGUCCAGGAGUACAUUGUACCCUAGAGAGACACGGUCCUUGCUGUUGAGUAUUUAAUUGCCCAAAUAAUACUGGCUGACUGUGAGAGGCAGGGGAUGAGAGGAGGGUUCUCUUAGUGUACAUCAGAACUGUUUAGAAGUCCAACUUGCUUAUUGUGCUCAGGUUUAUAUAAUUAGAUUACUCCUAAACCCUCCAAAUAAACAGGCCUGAUGUAUCUGUUAUCAAUGUUUUAUGAUCAAUAGAUGAUUUCAACCUGAAGUAGGUUUUUUUUGUUUGAACUAUUGUAUCAGAGACUUGGAACAAAUCUGUUUAUGGUGAACAGAGUCAGCAACAAAAACUCUGUUUCUGCCUUUUGGAGUGACUAGGAUUGUGCUACACCAACACUUAUAGAAGGUGAGACUACUCAUGGUAAGAUAGACAGGAGUGUGUGUGCUUCUGAAAGGAGGGGCUCAGUGUUGGGUUUUGUGAUUUUUUUCUGCUUGAGCUUUGGCAUUUCAAACCAAACUAAGUCCCUUGAUGCAAUCGGUUCCUGAGAUAAAUACUGAUUAUUGCUCUGGCAAAUUCAGUUUAACUGUCGGAUUUCUUGUUUCCAACAAUGUGACAUGGAAGCUCCUCAUAAAUUAGCCACUAUAUCUUUUCCUUUCGAUUAUCAAAGGACUACUGAAUGUAUUAAGGUAUUUUUAAAAAAUAGAACUUUUAAGCAGUGAUUUCUAAUGUGUUGAAAUUUCUGAUUUUUCUUCUUGAAUUGUCAUUGAGGCUUAUGGAAAAAUAGUGGAGUUCUGGACAUGUAUUUGCAACACACUGUUCAGGGAACAAAGUGGUUGCUGAAUUUUGGAAAAAUACUUUACAGACAGUAGUCAUUAUCUAGAGGAGAUUCCCAUUAGAAGUGUUAAACAGGUUAAAGAAAUAACAAAAUGCAGAUAGAUAUGUAUAUAUAGAAGGUAUCUGCUUGAGAGACUGACUGUAAUAGUGAAGAUAUUGGCUGUAUUCCAGUUCCUGGUAUGGGACCCCAGCUCCGACCAGGUGAAAUUCCAUUUUGGCUGGCUGGUAGGCAUGAGGUUUCUGGGCAUGGUGAGUUUGGGGCAGCGUGCUUCCCUAAUGAGUGAGGGUUCAUGUCCCUACAACGGAGACUGGAGUCGGAUUACUGCAGUUUGGUGUUGAAGUGCAUCAUUGUGCGUGAAGCAAGCCUUUUAGACUCUGCAUCUUAAUAGAAGAUAUACUUGACAUGAGAGUACUUGAUAGAAUGAGAUCGAAGAGGGACACUUUGAAUCCGAGUCUGUGUCGGCUCACCAGUUAUGAGCCAGCUUGAAAAUUGUACUGUGAGCAGCCAGGCUUUUUUAUUUUGUGGUCAUAUGUCAGUAAGUCGUUAUGCUCAAUAAAAGUUUAAUUGUUUUGUUUGUUCUUUUUUUAAGAAAGGUUGUAGCCAAUUUGGUUAUGUAGAAAUCAGAUUUGCUAUUGCACUUUAUUUUGUUUAAGAUUGGGCCGAAUAAAUUCCAAACUCCUCCACCUCCACCUUUAAUCUCGGCCCAGACUAGAGUUGCUGACUUUGUAAAAUUGUAUCCCUUUUAAAGAGAGGGUAUACGUUGCCAUAACAGAAUUCAUGAGCUCAGAAGUCCCAAAAUAUUUCACAGCCAUUGUAGUACUUAUUAGAGUGGUCACUGUUGUAAUAUAGAAAAUACUGGAGUUGUUUUACACACAGCAAAAUCCCACAAAUGGGAUAAUCUUUCUUUUCUGCAUGUGAGUUGAUUGAGGGCUAAAUAGUGGCCCUAGCGCCUGCUGCAAUUCAGAAUAGUGCCAGGAGAACCGUCCAUCUAAAUAGAUGAUAGGAGGCUCUGGCUUAUUAGUUCAACAGAUCUAAAGUAUCUGCAACGGUGCAGUACUUCCUCAGUGAUGUAUGAGUUGUGUCAGCCUAGAAUUUGUCCCUGAAACUCUGGAGUGGGACAGUAAUACAUUCUAGUAGUUGCUGAAAGUCACAGCACUUCCCAUUGCUGUUGCACUUCGAAUGUGCGUUUGGCAAUGAUUUGUAGGUAAUAUGGCCAUUGCUUGCCAUGCCUCCUUUGUUGCUUGUAGAUCUUACUGCUCCCUACAUCUGUGGGCUUACCUAAGUGCGAGCUAGCAUUAUUCUUGUCAUUCAGUGGUAAUUCUAUUCCUACCAACUUGGAGAAAGCGAUGGAAAUCCAUUUAGAAGCAGCCCACUGUCAGACAGCUUGUUUCUGCCCCGCUCUCUCUAAUGAGCAACUACUUGUGAUUCGAGCUCACCAAGGUAAUUGUGGAUAAAGGUGCCCAUUAUUCAAUCAAGUGUAGGAGCAAAUCACUGCAGAUGCUGGAAUCUGUACUGAAAACAAAAAAUGGAAAUCACAGCAGGUCAGGCAGCAUCCGUGGAGAGAGAGCAAGCUACAGUUUCGAGUCUAGAUGACUCUUCAUCAGAGUAUAUCCUGCACGGGCAGCGUGAUUUCUCAAAUCAUUCUAGUAUUUCAGCUUCCAAAUCUUUACUGGGAUGAAAUUUCCCAGUGUCAGCACUUCUUUGCAGGAAAAGCUUGCUGAUAGUAGUCCUGCAGUUAAUAAGCCAGUUUGAACCUAUGUCCUAUUCCUAACAUUGAAUUUAAAGUAAUAUAUAGAUGUAACCUUUUCUGUAGUAUUUAAUAUUAUACAUUUAUAGGCUAGCUUCCUCUUUCAGGCUGAAAAGCUGUAGUCACCUAAUUCCUUUUCUCUUGUCCAAACUCCUGACAAUAUUUAAUUUUUAUCUUGUUGCCCAUGACCAGAACAGCGUGCUACACUUGAACAGUGAUUUGGGUAGAACUGAAUGUUGCCUUUGCAAUGUGACCUGACCAUAGCUCUGUAUAAUGCGAUCAUAACAUCCUCUGCUUUGCAUUCACAGUUGUUUUUGGUGACUUUAAAUUUAAUGUUCUCUUGGUUUUGAUUGCUGCCCUGUUUUCGUUUGAUGUCUUUAGCAGUGACUCUAGAUAUUCAAGGCCUCAUCCCACUUCACUGUCACUAGUUCAGUGCCGAUUGUAAAGUGUGUCUCUUGCUUUUCGUGUAGACCGUAUCCCAUGUGGGCUAGUGCAACUGGUUAGAGCAUUCCUUGAGUGGCCUUCGAGCAAGGUAUUGCUUUAAUCUUCAACCCUCAAUUAAAAGUUCACUUUAAAAAGUAAAAUGCCACACACUGCCAUAUAGCUAAAACACAAGCCAGUGGCACUUCUGGUAUUGGGCGCUGUUCUUUUCAUCUUGAGGUUAUCAAACCUGUAGGUUGGACUCGCUCCUCAGCCUACUGUUUGCAAAAAUUUUAUUGUUUACAAAGGUAACAAGCCGUAGUUGGAUUUUGUUCUGUUAAUUCCAAUAUAUUACUUUCACUUGAGGGAAUUGAAAUGUGAAUCAGGUUUAGAAAAGAUGUGUUUACUUCAGUAUUGAUUGAGCCAGGUCAUCCCAAGUAAGGUUAUUAAUCCCAAGUAAGCUAAAGAACCUCAUUGAUCCACACAGUGCACCAGCAGACACCAUUUUUCCAAACUCUGUGCUUACAGAAGUAUGAAUUUUAUUAAAUCUACCUGUAGCUCUUUCUGAAAGCCCAGUGUACCAAUUAUAUCUGGUUCAGGCUACUGUGUAAGAGAAUUAGGCACUUUCUGAGCACUUGGAUUGUGUGUGUCACCCUUUGUGUGUGGGAGUGGAGUUCAUUGGCUUUCAGAAUAGGGGUAUGUUUUGUAAACUAUACCUCAUAGAAUGCAUUAUGAAAAUGCAACCUGCAAGUUUGGAGCCAAGUUAGGAGAACUGUAGAACUGUAAAUGCUGGUGGUGAGAGUAGAAGUGAUGAGAGUGUGGUGCCCAGGAAGAGUGGAGGAGAGGAACAUAAAAUGAAAUAGAGGGGAAGAAUAAUUUCUUGCCACGUUUGUACACUUCCUUUCAGUGAGCAUAGGAGUUGGUCUGGAGCAAGUUACUCACCCUCCCCAAUUUGUGGGGAGGUAAAGGUCGGAAUAUGGUUUUUACAUAUGGAAGGAGGAGGAGAAAGAAGUCUUCAGUGACAAUCUGACAGUGUGGAUGCAUUGGACCCAAUUUCAGUUCUUUAACUUUCUAAUUUUCUGCACAUAUCCGGUUUCCCUCCAAUCAAAUCACAAUUUUGAUUCCUGUAAACAGUGACACCAUUUGAGAGCAUUGCGAGGUGCUGAAGGCAUAAAUAAAUACUUUGACUUGUACAUUGUCGUAAGAAGCUGCUGCAACAGCAACAACAGGGGAAGCCUUCACUAAACCGGACUGAAAUGAACUCACUGGACAAGUAACUGAUAUCAGAGCAAGUGCUGUAGUAUAGACUAAAACAUCACCAUAAAUUACCAUAUAAAUACUAGGUCUUUCUUUACCAGUCGCCAAGCCAAGACAUGUCUAGGCUGACUCCAUACUAGCUCCAACAUCUGAAGAGUCUCCCCUCACUCUAGCACACAACCACUAUAGGCUGAUCCAGAUACUUGUCGAUGCUAUCCCUUCCUGCCACCAUUCUGUUGACCAUGAAUUUUAUAGUUUCUAGUCUUCAUAAGGUUUCUGGUUAGUUUUGUUAAUGACUUACUGCAAAAUUGUUGUAUUGUCUGGAAUUGAAUUAAGUUUGUCUUGUAUUGAGACUUGGACUGGUUCCAUUUUGAACUGAGUUGUGGGUUCAGUCUUUUGAAGCUGCUAUUAAAAUUUUUAUUAAAAAAUAGAGGUCUGUGGUAAGUUGGGGGCUAAGAGCAGAAAAGAAUGGGAAAAAUGUCUGAAGUGGUCAUUCUUUAAUUAUAUAAAUGUGUGCCUCUUCCUUUUUUUUGUGUGAAUUAUUGCUUUUGAUGUAAAACUUGUUACCUUAAGAAUUUUGUUUUUAUUUUUAAAGUAAUCGCUGCUGUCCUGUAUCCAUCAAUACAUUUCAAUUAAAAAAAACAAAACUGCAAGAACAAA